GUGCCCCAUCAUUGGUGUCAGUGGGAGAAAUAGUGCCCCAAUCAUUGGUGUCAGUGGGGAGGAAUGGUGCACCUUCAUUGGUGUCAGUGGGAGGAAGUGUGCCCCAUCAUUGGUGUCAGUGGAGAAAUAGUGCCCCAAUCAUUGGUGUCAGUGGGAGAAAUAGUACCCCAUAAUUGGUGUCAGUGGGAGGAACAGUGCCCCAUCAUUUGUAUCAGUGGGAGGAAUAGUGUCCCAUCAUUGGUGUCAGUGGGAGGAAUAGUGUCCCAUCAUUUGUAUCAGUGGGAGGAAUAGUGCCCCAUCAUUGGUGUCAGUGGAAGAAAUAGUGCCCCAUCAUUGGUGUCAUUGGGAGGAAGAGUGCCCCAUCAUUGGUGUCAGGGGGAGGAAAGGUGCCCCAUUGUUGGUGUCAGCAGGAGGAAUAGCGCCCUGUCUUUGGUGUCAGUAGAAGGGAUAGUGCCUCGUAUUAGUGGAGUGACCCAAGG